CACCUCCCUAUCCAGCAAGGAGAUUUGCCAGACAUUCAACAGAUUAUAAGGGCGGCACCUGGGACUUUGAACACUCCAGGAGAGAUCAUCAAGUACGUGCUAGAUCAUCAGAAAAAUGCACCAUUGACUAAUGAGGGCUUUGUAACUGCCAUGCAGGGGAUGGCUGCUGCAGUAAUGGCAGCCUCUCGAGUUGGGGAAAAUAAGGAUAAGGGCCCAUGCUUUAAGUGUGGACAGCUUGGUCACCUUAAAGCCCAAUGCCCUAAGAGGAUUAAUCAGAAGGAAUCACAGGGACUGGGGGAACCUUGUCAAUUGUGUGGUUGGGCUGGACAUGAUGCACAUCAGUGUCAAAAAUUCAAGGUUUUGCCACAGGAAAACUGGUAUGGGAGGGUGCCAAUGGCCCAGGGCUCCUUCCCACUCUUUUAAACUGGGCCAAGGGUGCAGACCUCAUAGUGGCGUUGAUCAUGGACCUCUUGAUCGGCCGCCCAAGGAAUCCUGAAUCGACGGAGCGCAAAAGAAGAGCUUUCUUCUGGAUACCGAAGAAACCCAAGAACCCGGAGAACCCAGAGAAACAACACUUGCUGCCAACGAGAACUACCAUGCUAAUGCUGUUGUGCCUUUUGUGUCUGUGUUGGUCGCCGGUGGGGGGCAUUCAUUUGAUUCAACAACCGGGGAACUUAUGGGUUACAUGGGCUAAUCAGACAGGAAGAACAGACUUUUGUCUUAGCUUGCAGUCAGCCACUUCACCAUUCCAAACAUGUUUGAUCGGGAUCCCUGUGUGGGAAGAUUCUGGGUUCCAGGGAUAUUUAAGAUCAUUUAAUUUUAGUGCAGUCCCCCAAGAUUCAUGCAGUUGGUUUUGUAAUCCAGGGAGGAUUAAGAUCACCGAUAGAGGUUUAGGGAACGACACAGUGAUCCUCGCUGGUAGGAAAAUGGCAUGUGUUAUUUGUAGGUUGAAUGUCACUCUCCCCUGGGAGCCUCAAGAGCUGCAGAUACUGGGGUCACAGAUGGUACCUAAUGAUUCUUGGGACACAAUUGAGAAUCAUUGGUGGUCACCCGAAUGCUUAACUUUUGCUUGUACUCCGAUUCACCGUUUGACCUUAUGGGUGUCUCUUCUUGCCCUUGGUCCCUAUUGGAAUGCAAAGGAAAGUCGGUCAGAUCCAUUUACCCUUGUCUAUCCACGCAACACAGAACAGUUUGCCUGGGAUGGGCCAUACUGUGGCUUCUAUCCAAAUAGGUCCAUACCGAUGACAGAUAAUACUUAUUGUUCUGGGUUUUGGAUAAAUAAAUCCCAAAUCAUCGAUGUGACACGGUCCGAUGGCUCCCGUCGGAAAGUUGAUUGCGAGCCCGACUAUUACACAAAGGGCUGCUGUGUUAGUCCCUGGGAGAAGGGAUCGGGACCAAAGUGUUAAGUCUGGAACAACCGCACUGCAAAAGCAUUACCGCCAGGUAUUUUCUUGAUUUGCGGUGAUCGUGCUUGGCAAGGGAUUCCAGCA